AUGAGGGCUUGUUGCUCUAAAUUCUUUCUGUGCUGGUUCCACGCCAACCUCAAACCUUCUCUUAAAAAUGUAAUCUUUAUUGCAGAAAAUGGUGGCAAGAGUGAAAAAAACUUGUGGCCGAGUUUUAGUGAGUUCAGCUUGGAGCAACUGAAGGGUGCCACAAACGGGUUCUCAUCAGAAAACAUAGUGUCUGAGCAUGGUGAGAAAGCUCCCAAUGUUGUUUACAAAGGGAAGCUUGAGAAUGGACAAUGGAUUGCCAUCAAACGUUUCAACAAGUUCGCUUGGCCUGAUUCUCGCCAAUUCAUCGAGGAAGCCAGACAAGUUGGGAGCCUUAGAAGUGAACGUUUAGCAAAUUUGAUUGGUUGUUGCUACGAAGGGGAUGAGAGGCUGCUAGUAGAAGAGUUUAUGCCCCAUGAGACUCUGGCUAAGCAUCUCUUUCAUUGGGAGGCACAGCCCAUGAAAUGGGCAAUGAGGUUGAGGGUGGCUUUCUACUUAGCUCAAGCUCUAGAAUAUUGCACUAGUAAAGGAAGGGGCUUGUAUCAUGAUCUCAAUGCCUAUAGGAUUUUGUUUGAUCAGGAUGGUAAUCCUAGGUUGUCGUGCUUCGGGCUCAUGAAGAACAGCAGAGAUGGCAAGAGUUACAGCACCAACUUGGCUUUCACCCCUCCUGAGUACUUAAGAACUGGUAGAGUGACACAAGAGAGCGUGGUUUACAGUUUUGGAACCCUGUUGCUAGAUCUCUUGAGUGGUAAACAUAUUCCCCCAAGCCAUGCACUUGACCUGAUUCGUGGCAAAAACUUUUUGAUGUUGAUGGAUUCUGCCUUAGAGGGUCACUUUUCAAAGGAUGAUGGAACUGAGUUGGUUCGUUUGGCUUCUCGUUGUUUACAAUAUGAAGCUCGUGAGAGACCAAAUGCAAAGUCUCUAGUUGCAUCUCUCAUGUCACUUCAGAAAGAAACAGAGGUGGCCUCAUAUGUUCUGAUGGGUCUCCGGCAUGAAGCUGCACCCUCAACAAAACCAUUGUCAUUGACACCUUUUGGUGAAGCUUGUUUGAGAUUGGAUCUUACUGCCCUACAUGAAAUAUUAGAGAAGAGUGGUUACAAGGAUGAUGAAGGAAUUGCCAAUGAGCUUUCCUUUCAAUUAUGGACCAGUCAAAUGCAGGAGACCUUGAAUUUAAAGAAGCGUGGAGAUAAUGCUUUUAGAGCUAAGGACUUUGUCACUGCCAUAGACUGCUACACUCAAUUCAUAGAUGGAGGGACAAUGGUGUCACCUACAGUGUAUGCAAGGCGCUGCUUAUCUUAUUUGAUGAAUGACAUGCCACAAGAAGCUCUAGGGGAUGCUAUGCAAGCCCAAGUGGUAUCUCCUGAGUGGCCUACUGCUUUGUAUCUUCAAGCAGCUUGUCUUUUCAGCCUCAGAAUGGAAAAUGAUGCCCAUGAAACUCUCAAAGAUGGGACUAACAUGGAAGCCAGAAAAAACAAAAAUUGA